AUGUCUCGGAAUGAAGAAUCAUCCUCGACCGAGGGCCGCGUCGUAUUAAGAGCACAGGGCAUGGACGAGGUCCUACCUCGGCAUCAUCUCAAUCUCUUCACCUCUUCGGCGGCGUUUCCUCCCGGGCAAUGGAUUCUUUCCGAGUGUAGCCAUCCUCACCAGUUCCAGGCCGCCUAUUGCGUGCGAAAUACCCACGGGCAACUGGUGCGAGCGCCAAUGCCACUGGUCAACGUCUCUGCUGUAACGAACCAGCAGGAAAUCUACGAUCACUGCACAGUCUAUCACUAUGACCCAGCAUAUCAAAACCAAGGAGGUAGAGAAAAUAUUUAUGCCACUACCGCCAUUGGUCAGCAGGAACAACAAGCUGGUAAUUGGAUCUUGCCACGCGAGCCAAGCAAUUACCAAGAUGUUUCGAUACACCCUCGAACAACUGGACAUCACCGCCCGGACCUCGAACCCAAGCAAGACUGCUUUUCGCCAACCGAAAUGACAUUCUUUGCUAACCCACCACCAUACUCAUCACUUGUGACAACACAUGCGCAAGCAAAUGCAACUCCCCUGGGGAGCCGGCCAGCGAUCUCGCAGGUGAUGAUGCAUGAUUUGGACACGCCCAGCUUUCCAACAAAAGCCAAUAUUGGCGGGCAUGCACCUCAUCAUGGGCUAUCAAUCGUUGGCGACUCGUUUAACGACACCUCCAAUGCUUUUCUCAGCCCUGAACAAGAAGAAAUACAUGGCCUCGAGGCCUUCUCUUUGCAAGAUUCCUUCGGCCUGGAUACACAUGAAUCAUCAAUUUGGAGUGCCGACUCCUCUUUCGACAUGACGGUGCCUCCAGCUAUGUUAUCUCAACUUCACGAGCAGGCAUUCGACGAGCUUUUUUGUCAAGUGAGCGAAGCGAAUUACAAAGUAGACGAAAGCCACGUUCAAGGCAAAGUGAAGGAUUGAAGGAUGCCACCCCCUUGACGAAGACAACGUAACGAGGCUUUCGCCUGUGUGGCCCUGUCGGGGCUGGGUUGGACAAGGGUUUGUGACUUGGCGCAUCAUGUCGAUGUCUGUUUCCCGGUUUACAGGCGCGUCUAGCUGGUCCCUCCCAACCAAUGAGAGUCUUCUGGUGUCCGGGUCAGCUGUAGGCUGGGUCGAACAGGCCGCUGGUCUUCA